GUGCACUGUGUCCCUCGGACACAGCGGAUCACCGAUCACGGAAAGAGCCGAAGAUGUCGGCUCGGUCAUGUGAUCAGCUGUGUCCAAUCACAGCUGAUCACAUGGGACAUGUACACUGAUCAUCAGGGCACUGAUGAUCAGUGUGCCCUGUUGAUCAGUGUAGCCCCAGCAGUGCCACCUGUCAGUGUCCAUCAGUGCCUUGUGUCAGUGCUCAUCAGUGCCUUGUGUCAGUGCCCAUCAGUGCCACAUUAAUGCCACAUAUCAGUGCCUACCAGUGCACAUCAAUGCCACAUAUCAGUGCCUACCAGUGUACAUCAAUGCCACAUAUCAGUGCCCAUCUGAGCUAACUGUCAGUGUCACCCAUCAGUGCCAGUCAGUGCCACCUAUCAAUG